AGUAAAAUCAGUCUGCUUGUUAUACCCACUGUGGAACUAGGGGUUAAUCCUCCACAUUGUGUAAAAAGGCUCUUUGAUCCUGCCUUCUCUGAUCUUCCCCUUCUUUUACUGAUAUUCAAAUGAGAAUGAAAGCUGUGCAUUUUGCACAUGCUCAGUUUGGUGUUUAUUGCUAAAGAGGUUUUUUUUUUCUUAAAAGAGAGCAUGUGAUCAGCACAGGGCCAAUUAGCACUGGUCAGACAGGUCAAGGGUUUCAUAUCCUCCUAGAGCAG